AUGAUAAACAUAGAAGUCUUCGAUCUACGCUUGUCGACCAAUAACGGUGUCUGUACCCAAUCGAUAAUCCUUGAUGAUGGAAACAAAUUCAUUAACGUUACGUGCAACAAUAACACCGAUUUCAUCAAGUUUUACCCUUUUGAAACAGAUACCAGCUGUUUAAGCCUAACGUUGUCAAAUUCAAGUCAUGACGGAUACUUCUGGUUUAAAUUCACAGCUAUCGGAUCUGUGUCUAUUGAAUGCCCCCCGAUUUCUUGUUCGACUAUAACAGCACCAACACUUACAACAGAAGCAACAACAAAAGGAUCGACAACAACAACAAGCAGAACAACUACAGAUGAUCAACAAAUUUAUACACUAACAACAGAAUCAACAACAAUGACAACAGAAUCAACAACAAUGACAACAGAAUCAACAACAAGAGAAUCAACAACAAGAGAAUCAACAACAUCAAAAACAUCAUCUACAGAUGAUCAACUAAUCUAUAUACCUUUGGGAGUUGUACUGUUUUUAAUUGUUCUAUGUGUAGUUCUCGUAUUGUGCAAUAAGAAUAAGUGCAUGCUUUGGAGAAAAUCCAGGAUUUAUCCACUCACUGAUCUUGGUAUUGAGUAUAGACCACGAGCAGAGAUUCCAGAUGCUGAGGAAAACAUGUCAUACUAUAAUAUAUACAAUCACUGAAUCCGGUUUUUUUUAUGUUGCUUUUGAAAUUCGCAUUGCUUUCAUCCUCGACAUUGAAUAUAUGUUUGUUGCAUACUAUUUUGAUCCAUUUUAGUACCACCUGUCAGCGUCAUCAUUACCAAAUAUGGAGCGGCGUCAAGGUUAACGGGUUUAUUCAAGUAAUGAAUGGGUCAAUGAUAUGCUAUUUAAUCACUUAAAUCUAGUUAAUAUUUUUGAAAAAAAGAAAGAAAUAUAAAUAUAAACGAUAAAAUGUCAUUUUUGGGUUCCCUUUUUCUCGGGUUAUUAAAGUAGCGCUAUAGUCAUUACAGAAAAAAUAGCAUAACUGGUGGUGAUUUUUUGCCUUCUUCAUCCGAUCAAACAAGAAAAGAGGAUUUUAUAGUUUAAAUGAUAAGCAUACAUUACAAAGAACCCAAAUAAAGAGACACGUCUUAAUAUCGAGAAUAGAUCACGCGCAGAAAUUUUAAGUAAAUGCACUUAUGCUUCAGAUCAUGAUUUUGAGAGUGUAUCACAAACAGAAAUUUCAAAUGAAUGGAUACACGUGACAAUUUAUGCUAUCGAGUAUAAAUCACAAACAGAGCAUACAUUUGUAGAGGGGCAUGCGAUAUAUAUUGAUUUUGAAUGCGGACCACGAGCAGAGUAUUUAAACGGAGAGAGGCAGGCGACAUGCGCCACAUCACGAAACUUAAAACAAAUCACAACAGUGAUUCUAAACAAAACGAGUCUCACAGCACUUCAUGAAAUCACAAAAAUGUCACGAAAUGAUAAUCCAUGCAAAGAGAGUCUCGCCAUUUAUCGUAAAAUUGAAAAUAUAUCAUGAGGAGAGAUUCUAAAGUAAUAAAAACACGCGACUCAUAAUAUUGAAAACCGAUGACGAACAGAAUCUGAUUAAAAUCAAACGUCUUUAAUCCGCGCCGUAUACUCUGCGCAAGAAGAUCUGACAUAACCCGAUUGGGGGUCAUAUUCUUGUGAAUUUUAUGCUAGCCAAUCAGCGCGUUGCCUAUCAAAUCACCGGUGCUCACAAUACAAGGAAAAUGGUUGCGAUUGUUUGGUUUGAAAGAAAACACAUCGCAGCUAGAUGUAACGUUACAAUGCACUGUUUACAUCGAGUGGCGUUAUAUUCCUCGCAUUAAUUAAGUAAACAUCUUGAAAACUAUUCAAAUCGUACCCAUCCCUAUUCAUACAUCAAUCGCAUUUCACAAUUAAUUUAAUCUGGGUGUAUUUUAUAUCGUACGUUUUGUUGUUUGUAUGAAUGGAAUGGAUUAGGCAUUACUGAGAAAGUUUAAAAUUCCUUAUGUGAGAAUACACAAUUCUAUAGUGUGGAAUAAUUUUGUGGGAGAGGGAGUAUUGCAACCUGUUCACGAAUUGUCGGGAACCGCCUAAAUAGCCAUCAUUGUCUGUAUGACGCAUUGUGACUGGCUGAUAGUUGUCAUGAAUAUUCCAAGCGAAAGGUCAUAGAGACAUGACCCCCUAUGGGGUUAUGUCAGAUCCUAUUGUACGGUUAUUAGCCUAUCCUGGGAUCUGAUUUGAAUUAGAUUGAUGACGAACAGAAAUUCUAAACAAGGAAAGACUCGCAGCAGAUUAUGUAAUUGAAAAGAAGAGAGAUACGAGACGCAUCAUGAAAUAGAGCACAUACAUGUAUCACGAACAGAGACAUUUGAUAAAGACGGACACGAGACACACCAUAUCAUAGAAAGAAAUUAUCAAUGAGGAGAUACACGAGACACAGCAUGGUGCUGGUUUAUCACAAACAGGGCAGCCAAAUGAAGAGGGAUAUGCGUCAUUCCAUGAUAUUGAGGAUGGAUCACGAACAAAGAACCUUAAUGAAGACCCACCCUCGAUUGAUUGUAUAUUGUUUAACGUCCCUCUCGAAAAUAUUUCACUCAUAUGGAGACGUCAACAUUGCCGGUGAAGGGCUGCAAAUGUUAAGCCUAUGCUCUGCGCUCACGGCCUUUGAGCAGGAGGGGGAUCUUUAUUGUGUCACGCCCGCUGUGGCAUGGGACCUAUAUUUUUGCGGUCUCAUCGACACUCGAAACAUUCUUUUGUUGAGCAAUGUGCUUGGCUAAAUGAUAUCAAGCAAGCAUUACGGAUAGGUCUUACAAACGAAGGAGAUUUGACAUUCGAAGAUAAUUAAUCUAAAAGUCUCAUCGAAAAGGUAGAGAAUUUCGAUACAGGGCAUUUUGGGAUUCAAUUGAAUAAGGAAAUUUCACCUACAUUAAUAAUGAGGAAAAAUAUGAAUGAAAAUAGCAAAUUAAAACUGUUCCCUCUGUUUUUCUUGAUGCGAUGACGCCUUUGCUAUUUUAGAAUGUUCGUUUCAAGCCACGUUCAAUUCGAUCCAAUUUAUGUAAAGUUCAUUUUUACAGAAAACGUGGAAAUCGUUUUAAUUGCUUUACAAAAUAUUGAAAUAACUCUUUACCUUGUAUAGCAACAUGCAAAAUAAAUGACAAUUAGUGGAAGAGAAAUUAUUUCAAACGAAUGAAUAGUAGCAGAAUAAAAGCAGGGAAAAUUUGAAACGUUCGGGUACUUUUAUCCUAUUGAUGUCUGCAGGAGUGUGGUAAUCACCGUCUUGUGAUAAUUAAUUACUGUUCAAUGCAAAGUGCCUUACAAUACUACAAUGCAUGUGAUGUCAUCGUAUUAUGUUUUAAGAUGUCACUCUAUAAUUCAUUGCCAUCAGUCCUUAAAAUGGUCAAUCUUUAGCAUGAUACAUCCUACGAAAGUAGAUCAUUUAUCCGUUCAAAGGCUUAUUACAUAAAGCCCGAUUCAAACUGUGUUUACCAUUUUGUCAAUUAUUGCACAUCCCUUGUCAUCAAAUAUUGAAAGAUACUUGUGACAAGUGUCCCUGAUGUGGUCGGGUCUGGGGUCAAUGGUAGUGUAUCAGGCAGUGUUAAUUAAUUAAGCUGGUUUGUUUGUUUAAUUCAGUGUUUGUGAUUUGAUAUCUUUCCUGGAAUUUCUACAUUUGACAAAAGUAUUUUUUAUCAGUAUUCAAGUUAUCCAUCCUAUGAAAACGAAUUUAAUACGGCAAGCUUUAAUAUACCCUGUUUGUUAAUACUAUUGCUGUAAAUCCGAUAAACACACCGCCAAUUUCAGGUGUAAGGGGAGUAAGUACAAAAAAGUAGCCACGACAUUACAUACUAUACGUGUUAGUUAGCAAUUUUCGUUAUGAUUAUUUCCAUAGGGUUUAUUCCAAACUGAUACUUUCUAUCAUAUCAAUAAAUAUG